AUGGACGUGGACCAGGUUUCUGAUUCUGCUGCUGCCUCGGCCCAAGCUGCGCAGAGGCAGGUUCGUGUGCAGCUCACCAGCAAGAAUGAAGAUAUUGCACUGCCCGAAAACACUGGACCAAUUCUCGUUCCCACCGGUCUGCGCCGAUAUGCGCUCUCGACGCUGGUGAAUAACCUUCUGAGUAGCGAAAAGCCGAUCCCAUUCGAAUUUUUGAUCAACGGAACUUUCCUUCGCACUUCGAUCGACGAGUACUUGACUGCCAAUGGUAUCUCUGCGGAAACAACACUGGAGAUUGAGUAUGUCAGGGCAUUAAUCCCUCCAUUGCACAUUGCGUCGUUCCAGCACGACGACUGGGUCAGCUCGACUGAUGUACUUUCUGCAACCUCGGCCGCUGCCUCUUGGGCAUCCAAAACUAUUCCUAAUGGCCAGGAGAGAAUUCUCUCUGGUAGCUACGAUGGCUUCCUUCGUGUGUGGAACAUGUCAUCUGAGACGAUUGCAACUUCGGCCGCGCCCGCAGAUGGCGGCCAUACCGCAUCUAUCAAGGCCGCCAAGUUCAUUUCCCCUACGCAGAUCGCAUCGGCAGGCCUUGACCGUACCGUGCGCCUGUGGAAGUACUCUGAAGAAGAGGGUGGCUUCGCUGGAAAGAUUACUCCUCAGCUCGAGCUUUACGGUCACAAGUCUGGAAUCAACUCCCUUUCCGUGCAUGCGCCCUCGAACCGCAUGCUCUCUGCCUCGUCAGACCACACCGUCGGUUUCUGGUCGACGAAGAAAUCAGAGGCUCCGUCAGCUCCCGAGAACCUACUCCCAUCUGCUGCCUCUAGGACUUCUAAGAGGAGAAAGCUGAACACAUCCGUGUCUGUUCCCCAAAAGGGACCUCUGGCUCUUUUGUCCUCGCACACUGCGCCAGUGUCCGCUGCCAUUUUUGAUGCGAAGGACUCGACUGUCGGAUACUCGACUUCGUGGGACCACUCGCUGCGUACAUGGGAUCUUGUCACCGCUUCUCUUGUGGAUACCCGUACUACAUCCCACUCGCUUCUUGCUCUGGAGCACCUUCCCGAACUUAACCUCCUUGCUGCUGGUACUUCUGCCCGUCAUAUCACACUCAUUGACCCCCGUGCAUCCGCAACAACCCUGUCGGCUAUGACACUACGAGGUCACACAAACGCAGUUGUCUCGUUGGCUCGUGACCCCAAUAGUACCUACGGUCUUAUCAGUGGAAGUCACGAUGGUACCUGUCGGAUUUGGGAUAUCCGAUCCACCAAGACCGACAAGGACGGUGUGGUGGGAGAAAGUGUAUACUCGAUCCCCCGCAAGAGUUUGGAGGAAGAAGGCAAGGGCGACAGCAAGCGAGUUGGUGGAGAGGGCGUCAAGGUCUUCAGCGUCGGCUGGGACUCGACCGUUGGCAUUGUCAGUGCAGGUGAGGACAAGAGGAUUCAGAUCAACCGGGGAGAGGGUGUGUUGUCUUCGACAAAGGAGUGA